AUGAUGUUGUCGUUGAAAACUGGUAGGGACUUGUUCAAAUGCCUGGUGGCGGCUGGUCGCUGUUCUCUUUUGCAAUCGCGUCUGCCGACGUGCGGGACCACUUUAAUACGACGGAGUUAUGGUGACCACGGCAGCACCAUUGGUGGUGGUCGCGAUGGAGGCAGAGGUGACGAUGACGACGAUGGGUUCGUAAAGCCCGGCAAUUACAAGAUAUUCAAAGAUGACGACUCUUCGGUGAUCUUGGACGUGGAAGAGGAACGUGCUUUGCUUGACUCUCAGUUGUCCGCUGACGAUACUCGUUCAGAUUUUGACGAAAUCGAUCAAUUUGCUGGUUUCAAUAUGUCACGUGAGUUAAAAUUCCAAAAACACCUGUAA